AUGGAGAGAUUUGCUCAACGAGAAAGUGUUUUGCUGGGAUAUAGCCCACACAGAUCAUUUGAAAAUUCACCCAGAAAAUCAGAUGCAAACCCAGAUAUGGAUUUCAGUGAUGUAUUCGGUGGUCCUCCAAGGCGGUUUUCGGUUCAAGAAAGUAAAACAAGAUAUAGUUUUUGUGAAUCAGCAAUGGAUUCUGAGCCCGAAGAUGACGCAGCAGUUGUGUCAAGACGUAAUCCAUGGUCUUUUUCAGAUGAAAAACCGGUUUUUGGUGCUGAAAAUGCUAACAGAAGGACUACUUGUCCAGGGGAUGACUUCUUUGAUGAUAUAUUUAGAGUUGAUGAGAAUAAGUCAUUUAAUUCACCAAGGAAGAGUAGUAGUUGGGAUAUCUUUGGUUCUUCCCCAGGUUCCCGGGCUUCAAGUCCAUCCAGGGCACUGCCUGCCAAAGCUGAGCUUUUUAGUUCUUCAGUUCCUGCUCAAUUUAGCCUUCCUGCUAAAGCCAAGAAAACAACAGAUUUUCCUCCACUUGAUUUCACCAUGAAUCAUGGUCCAUUCCAUAAGAAAGAUGGGAUGGCAAAUGGUAUAAAUAGUGGAAUCAGUUCAAGUCACUUGUAUCGGAAAAGCCCCUUGUCACAAGAAGUGUCGGAUAUCAGUCAGGAGACCUCCACUGAAACAAAAUCUGAGGCAAAGAACGUGGAAACCAAGUUGAAAAAAUCAGGUAGCAUUUCCACUACACUUGGUAGUGGCCAGUUUCACUUCUCCAUCUACAAAUGGGCAGAAAGUGAUGUGCCCUUGUUGAUAUCUCUGGGAGAAGGUAAUAAAUCAAGACUUAAGGACAGAUUGAGAGCUGAUAACAGUUCAAAUUCUAAUGGAAGACUUGAAGGUGAUAGAAAAAUAACCUUGAAUGAGGGUGCCACAUCUCUUGAUACAGAAUCAGUGCCCUUGAAUAUAAGAAGUGAUAGUAGCAAAGAAAAGAAUGUAGAACCUGGAUUUCGUGAUGAGGAAGUACUUAAAAUUCCGGAAACAAAACUCUCAGUAAGGGAGGGAAAUGAUAUUCCACAAAGUGAUGCUAUCUCAACAAAAAGUACAGAGGAGAAAGCCCAUUCCAAGAAGGUAACAAAUAAGAAAGAAGCUUAUGUGAAUAAGGGUCAAACUCCAAAGAUUGAGCAGAAGCCCUUGCAUGAACUGCUCAAUGAAGACAAUCAAGAACCAGGCAAUGCUGCUGAAGGGAAAGGUAACAAGGUGAAGCAUACAGAUACAGCCACUGUGAGCAGUCAUAAGAAAAAUGAUUCAAAAAAGAGAUCAGAUGUGAGUAAUAAUAGCUUCCGAAAGUCCGAAACGAAUUCAGGAGAUAUCUUUGGUAGAAGUCGAAUGAAGGGAAAAGUAGGGGAAUUCGUAAAGAUAUUCAACCAGGAUAGCUCUGAGAAAACAAAGAAUGACUUUCGCAGCAAGAGCACUAGAUGGAAGAAAACAGACACCCAUGCAAAAGAAAAUGGAGCAAGUAAUGCCGUAAAAACAGAAGAGAGCAUGCACAGGUUGAAUGACACUAAGAUGCCAGAAUCCUCCACCAGGGAAGAUGACAACUUUAUGAAGAAUGAAGUACAAAAACAAUCACAUUCAAAGACAUCCUUCAGCAAGGUUAAUGGUGUCUCUAAUAGUGAGAAGAAUGCUUCAAUGUUUUCAGAAUUGGCUUCCGAUAACAAUGGAAUCAAAGUUGAAGACAGAGAUGAACCUCUUCAUGAAUAUUUCCAGGUAGAGGAACUGUCAAAUGUUGAAGACAAGGAUUUAGAAACUAAUGGAGAGUCUGAUCAUAUCCAAGCUUCAAAUGCUAAAAUUCAACAAUGGUCAAGCGGAAGGAAGGGAAAUAUCCGCUCAUUGCUGUCAACUUUACAGUUUGUUCUUUGGCCUCAGAGCGGAUGGAAGCCAGUUCCCCUUGUUGAUCUUAUUGAAGCAAGUGCAGUUAAGAGAGCAUAUCAACGAGCACUGCUUUGCCUACAUCCAGAUAAGCUGCAGCAGAAGGGUGCUGCUUCUGAUCAAAAGUAUAUUGCCCAACAAGUGUUCGACAUUCUUCAGGAGGCAUGGGAUCUUUACAAUACGCUAGGUGCAAUAUGA